UUAAGAAUUCAACUUCCCGCCAUCCCGCCAGAAAAUAAACAACAAAAAGGAAACAUUUUGAAGCAAAAAAUAGGGUUACACAACACAUAUGUUAAACCAUUAGAUGAAAACAUGCCAGGUAUUGUUAUGGAAAUGGAAGAAGAAAAAGGAACAGAGGAAGAUAAGGAAUCCAAGUUGGAAGAAAUUGCAUCUCCACAAAGGUCAAUACUAGAAUUCUUCAAAUCACCUACCAAACCAGAUGAAAAGCCUAAAAAUUUAUUGAGUUACUUUGGCAAACAAGCUCCUAAACAAAAAGAAAGUACAGACACCGUGUCCAGUAAAACUAAAACAGAAAAAGCAAAUGGAAAAGUGUUUAUUUUAUACUUACAGAAUGGGUUUCAGAAUGGCAUUAAUAGUAAAGAACAAAAUCAGAAGGUGGAAAUCAAUAUAUCUUCACUCAAUUCAUCAAUUUCUGAGUUUGAAGGUCAGGAUUCUCUCACUAAAAUUAAAAAGACAGAAAAAAAGAAGGGCACAAAAAAGUCUCUAAAAGCAAAUAAUGAGGCUUUAAAAGAAAAUGCUGAAAGUAAAACAAAAGACAUUUCAAAAACAAAGAAAAAAAAUGUUGAGAAAGAUAUUAUUGAAAAAAUACAGAAAAAGGAAGUACACAAAGAGACUCAGAAGAGGAAAAAGGCUAAAGACAAGGAUGAAAAAUUAUCAAAAGAUAAGCAGGAGAAAAUUACUGAUGAAAGUACAAAGACAAAUAAGGAUAAUGCUAGAAAGUCUGAACAAAAUGAAGAUGAAAAUUCAGGAAUAAGUUACCUAGACUUUCUAAAGUCAUUGGAGAAUAAAUCUGAAGAAAAGGGAAAUGAAAUAAUAACUGAUAAAACAGAAACUGAAACAAUGAUCGUUAAUGACUGUAAACAAUCAGAGACAUUGACUGGAAAUGGUGUUGGAGAAUCAGAAGUGGAAGCUGAUGGUGACAAUGAUAAAUCAGAGGAGGCGGUUGCUGCUGAGGAUAGUAAACAUGAUUCAUCCUGUGAUGAAAAUUAUCCCAGCAUAACAUCUUUUUUUACCAAACUGUCAGGACCAGCUCCCAAACAAUCUAUCAGUACGCAGAAUAGUCCCAAAACAUUAACUACUAAAGCUGACAUACAUUCAGAACCUACACCACCUAAAAUUACCAAGGGAAAUAAAUCUGAAAAGACGAAAGUAUGUGCUUCUGCAGAAAGUGAUUCAACACUGAAUGAAAUUGAAAUACUCAGUUCUGAAGUUGUUAAAGUUGAAAGUCCAGCAAAGAAAAGGAGUAUAAAGCAGAAAGACAAACCAGUGAAAUCUGCCAGAAAGUCUUUGAAUCAGAAAUUGACAGAAACAGUAGAAAUUUCGGAUGAUAGCAUCACUGUAGAUGCAACAGAAACAAAAGAGGCACUGGAUAGGAAAAAAGCAUUUCUUCAAAGCGAUAAUAUCCAAUCAGGAUCUCAUAAAACUUCUCAAGCAACACUUAGCUUUGUUAAAGGUGGAUUUCAAAUGUCAAGUAAACCUUCACAUAAAACGAGAAUUCGUAAAUCAGUACCUGAGGAGAUGACAUGUGAAUCACCUUUGUCCAAAAGUACACCAGUAAAGAGAGGUCAAGGGAGGCCACCAAGUAGUACAAUAGGGGGAGAAAAAACACCAGGUAGUACAAAAGGUCGAGGAAGACCACCAGGCAGUACAAACAAAAUUAAGAAAAAUGCAUCAGAUGGUUCAAAACAUGAAUUAAGUAAUGUGUCGGUUUUGGAAGACGGUGUAGAAAAAAGUGAAGAUACAAUUGAAGUUUAUGAUGAUAAAGCAACACAGAAGAGACGAUCGUUGAGGAAGAAGAAGAAAUACAAAGUUGAUAUGAUCAGUAUUGAUACUAAAAAUAGAACACCAAUCAGGAUGAGGCUUACAAGAUGCAACAAAAGUGGCAGUAGUACAGAUGAAGCUUCUUUUUCAUUAAAACCAAAGUCAAAUAUUAAACAAACCAGAGCACAAAAACUAUUAGAGAAAGCAAAGAAAACAAAAGCUGGAAAGUCACCAGAGCUGAAGCUACAGAUUAAACAUGCCAUUGAAAAGAACAAAAAGAAGGGGUCAAAGUUAAAAGAAAGUGCUGCAGAAAAAAGAAAGCCAGUUGAGAAUAAAAAUGAAAAUUCUAGCAGGAGAAGAAGUUCAAGACUAUCAGAUAAAUUUCAUGUAUCUAGGGAGGAGUCACAAGAUGACAAUGAUGAUGAUGAAAUCAUGAUUAUAGAUGAUGAUGAAGAUAACAAAGGAAAGAAGAAGAAACAGAAAGACCUGAGUACUCCUAGGAAAGGCAGAAAACCAUCAACACCUAAAACCCCACUACAGAACAAAACUACAAGUAAAGGCACACCUAAGAAGCCUUCAGGAAAACUUGCUCCAAUAUUUAUGAAGAAGAAAGCUGGUGAAAAAGUUGAGGAACCAAAGAAACCUGUUCUGGAUCCAGAGCAAGAAAGACAGAGACGAGAAUUUCUGAUGAGUGGUGUACCUGAAGCUUUAAAGAAACAAACAAUAGCUGCAAGCGCAACUGUCAUUCUCUCUGAUUUACCUCCCUUUCCUGCCAUUAAGCAUGUGCAGCAGACGGAAGACAUUGUUGGAAAAUCUGGAAUUGAUAUAUGGAAUUUAGCAAGUGUUCAGCUUAAGAUUAAGAAAUGUGAAGAAACUGAUAAUACAGGAGUUAUACAAACUUAUUGGAAUCAUGGCUUACUGGAGAAAGACAAGAAUAUGUGUGAUUUAUCUAAAAUAAAGCUUUUUAAACAACAUUCAAAAGUGGAAGGCAGUCUUGAAGAACCAUUAUUAAAAGAAAUUCAACGAGUCAGUCCUAGUUAUAAUGUUGAUAAAAUGUACAAAUUACUGAAGGAAAAGAAAGAAGAUCAGGAUGCUGAAAUGACAUAUGAUAUUGAGGAACAAAAAGAUAGCAAAUCAAAGAAAGAUGAAUCAGCUGAUACAGGGAAGGAAGUUAAAAAGAAAACUAAGAGGAGAAGUCUCCGUCUCAAAAAGAAAGACGAAGUCAUGGAAGUAAUAGAUUUAGGGAGUCCAGAACCAGUUAUUGAGGAAACCAGUUCUGGAGACAAUAAACAGGAAAUAGCAAUAGUAGUGCCAUGGACAGAUAAGUAUCAACCAACACACUCAUCGGAAAUAGUGGGUAAUUCUAAUAAUGUCAAGAAACUGAAAACUUGGCUGAUAGAAUGGAAACAUAAAGUGGAUAAAGAAGCAAAGAAGAUGAAAAAGUUAGCGAUGAAAGAAUCGAAAAAUAGGACAAAAGAGAAAGAGGAUGAUUGGUGGGCAGACGAUGACAGUGACUUUAAUGUUGACAGUGAGGGCAGUGAAGAAGAAGAAGAUAAACUGUGCAAUACUGUCAUGUUAAUGGGUCCUACAGGUAUAGGCAAAUCUACCACAGUGUAUGCCCUGGCACAGGAGAUUGGAUUUAAAGUUUUUGAAGUGAAUGCAUCUUCAAUAAGGAAUGGGAAAAGAAUAUUAACACAGUUACAGGAAGCUACACAAUCACAUAGGGUGUCUCAUAACAAACAUGGCGAUGCAGGUCCAGCUUCUAUAUUCACACAAGGUAAUAAACCUUCUCCUAGAAAGAAACCAGAGAAGAAUGUGCCAACUUCCUUUGCUAAUUUCUUCAACAAAACAACAAAUUCUAUACAAGUAGAAAUUGAAAAGUCCAAAAAGUCAAAUGAUAGUAAGAACAGAAGAAAAAGAAAAAGGGACUUGGAAGAAAGUGAUGCAGAGAAAACACCUAAAAAGAAGAAAGGAAAAGAUGAGAAAGGAGUAAAGUUUGAUGGCUUAAUUCCUACCACUUCAAAUCAGACUGCUGCAACUAACCAAGGACUGAAUUUAUCCAGCACAUCUCUCAUACUGUUUGAAGAUGUUGAUGUUGUGUUUGAAGAAGACAAGGGAUUUUGGUCAGCUAUUCAGACAUUUAUGAAUUCAACUAAGAUUCCUAUUGUCCUCACUACAAACGAUGUUACAUUGUCUUCUAAGUUUGAGGGAAGAUAUGAACAGUUUUUAUUCAAAACACCAUCCAUGAAACAAACAACAGUGUAUUUACAGUUGAUAUGUUUGGCGGAGAGUAUAAGGACAAACUCUGAAGAAAUCAUGACUCUUGUAAAAGUUUUAUCAGGAGAUAUCCGUCGAUGCUUGCUGGCAUUACAAUACUGGAUAGAAUCAGGAGGUGGCACAUUACAGGCAGUCCAGAAAAUUAUCUCCCCUGUCAAAUUGAAGCCACUUCCUCUGAGUGAGGACACAUGCUCACAAGAGGCUAUAAAACCUUCAAGCAUAUCCGGGGAUUCAAAAUCCAGGUUUGAUGAUGAUGAUGACUUUGUCGUCAUUAAACCUGUCGUGAACAAAAGGAAACGACCUCUGAUUAGCGAUGAUGAAUCAUCAAGUAGUGCCCAAACAUUUCCUCUGCCAAAGGAAUCUACAGUGAAACCUGAAGCAGCAUUGCAGUCCUCAGUUCAUUUGUCAUGCUUGAAUAGUUCUUUGGGGCUCAGUUUAGGGGGAUCAGAGGGAAUUAUGAAUUUACUGAAGCAGCUUGUGAAAGGUCAAAGAGAUGACCUUGUCACUGUGGUAACAGAAGCAUGUGAUCAAUACAGGAAAUUAAUGUAUAAUAUUGUUUACAAUACAUACAUUGAUCUGUUACCCAUGCCUAAGAGUCGGCAGACGACACCUCCAUCUAUAAAAACUAAAAUUAAGGAAAAGAAAACUCAAUUAAAAAGAAUAAAAACAUUUGAUUUGUAUGAUAGUGAGGCUUCAAAUGAUGGGAUCUUAGACGAACCAAGAGAAGAGUCUCUGGAAGAAACAAAAACAGAAGAAACCAAGGAAGAAAAAGUAGCAAUUAUAAGAUCACUAGAUCAAUUAACAGAAUUUUAUGACAACAUGUCUUUCAUCGAUUCAGUGACGAUAGGUUCAGAAGUGCCUGAAUCGUCAAAUAGUUUUAUUUUACACAGUAAACGAUGCCUUCAUGACACAGAUAUUACAAGUUCAUUAGAGUAUAUUGACAAGGAUAAUUUGUGUUCAGAGAUAGAAGUUAGAGCACUAUACAAAUUGUGUACAAAUCAGAGACAUUUACAGGACACUUUAAAAGGACAGCACAUAGAAUCAGUUAGUAUACCUUCUGCAGGGAGUCAGUCACAAGGAGUUCUAGUCAACAGGGCCAGUAAUAGUAAAAAUCUAGUCCUGAAGAAAGCCAGUAAUAAUGUUAUGAGUAACCUCCCCUUGGCAGUCAGAUGUCAUCAGAGAUCUGUUGUCAUGGACUACAUGCCUACUCUCAGAGAAAUCAGUAAAUCAGAAAAACUCAGGGAAAUGGCGAAAAUUAAAAGACGAUUUCAUCAUUAUUUUGACAACAUUGGAUUGAAUUUUAAAGACACAACUCUGGAUGUCAUGUUUACAAGUUUUCAAUGAACAGUGGACUCUUGACUGAUUUAUGAUAUUUUAUCUAUUUCAUUUUCUUUGAAUUAAUAUUUAUCAGUAUGUCUGAAGUACAUAUUGAAGUUUAUGAAUGUGAUAUACAUGUAGAAAAACUGAUUUCUAUCUAGUGUUUGACAUUUUUCCCCCAAUACAUUAGACUGGUAAACUAUCAAUUUCUAAAUUAAAGCAGUGAUUUAUGUUGAACUUUUUCUUCGAUAUUUCUUUAUUUCAUGAAAAUAUGAAGGAAAGGUUUGUCUGAUUCUUCUAUAGUAAGGUUAGAUUUUUUUACCAAAAUAUUUAGUAGUAUUAUCAUUUUGUUCCUAUCAUUCAGUGCAUUUCAUUCGUAGGUUAAUUUGGUUUGUUCAUCUAUCCGGUUAAAUUUGCAAUGACAUCCAUUUGAAAACAGCAAAAAAUAAUAGAAGAAAGUCUUUUAUCAUUGAAUAUCUCUUAGCUUUCACAGGUCCAUAUAAAAAUCUAGUCAAUUUGACCUAAAUUUCUUGGAUGAAUGACUGCUAAGGUUAGUGUUUAGGGGAAGACUAAGCAGCAAUAAGCCCAUUCAAGAAUAGUACUUUUUAAAGUAAACUUUUAUAAUAAUAAUAAUAAUAAUCUUUAUUUCUAGAGGGUAUGCUCAAUUAGUACAAACACUAUUCUCCCUUGAGGCCCUCACACCACUCACAAUGCAUCACACAAUUUCUUCAUAACAAAGAUAAACAUAAGAAAACAUAAUCAAAAUUGAUACAUAAUCAUUUAAAUAAUUCCUGGAUUAUCAAGUAAAAACUUAAAGCAGUUUGUUUUAAAAGUAUUUAUGUUUGACAUGUGUCUUAGUGCUUCUGGUAGUUUAUUCCAUAAAGUUGGGCCAGAAUAUGAAAAAGAUCUUCUAAAUGUGUUUGUUCUUGCCUUUGGUAUAUUAAGUAAUUGGGUAGUAUUUGAUCUAAGUUGCAUUCCAUUUUUAGCUCACCUGGUCCAAAGGGUCUGUCGUCGUCCGUCGUCGUUAACUUUUACAAAAAUCUUCUCCUCUGAAACUACCGGGCCAAAUUUGACCAAACUUGGCCACAAUCAUCAUUGGGGUAUCUAAUUUAAAAAAUGUGUCCUUCGACCCUGCCAACCAACCAAGAUGGCCGCCAUGGCUAAAAAAAGAACAUAGGGGUAAAAUGUAGAUUUUGGCUUAUAUCUCUGAAACCAAAGCAUUUAGAGUAAAUCUGACAUAGGGGUAAAACUGAUUAUCAGGUCAAGAUCUAUCUGCCCUGAAAUUUUCAGACAAAUCUGACAACCUGUUGUUGGGUUGCUGCCCCUGAAUUGGUAAUUUUAAGGAAAUUUUGCAGUUUUUGGUUAUUAUCUUGAAUAUUAUUAUAGAUAGAGAUAAACUGUAAACAGCAAUAAUGUUCAGCAAAGUAAGAUCUACAAAUAAGUUGUCAUGACCAAAAUUGUCAGUCGACCCCUUUAGGAGUUAUUGCCCUUAAUAGUCAAUUUUUAACAAUUUUUCGUAAAUGUUUGUAAUCUUUUACAAAAAUCUUCUUCUCUGAAACUACAGAGACAAAUUUAACCAUACUUGGCCAUAAUCAUUAUUAGGGUAUCUAGUUUAAAAAAUUUGUCCGAUGACCCCGCCUUUCAACCAUCAUGGCCGACUUA